GAUCAUGGGAAACAACACUGGAUUCUGAAGCGGAGGGAGUUUCGAAAUAUUUCACGAUUAUCCACGGAAUAACAUAUAAUACGACAGUUAUAUUGACACCGAAUUGUCCAUUUAAUGAAAGCAAUUCCCUGGGACCCUGCAGUCUCGACGAACCCCAACUGGAUGCAUAAUCACAACGAAGAACUGAUGCAGGUUUCGAAACAUGGAGUUGAGGUUGGAGGUAGUGUUGUCAUCCAGCAUCAAACGGAAGAAACCGUGGCCGCGAUUCUGCUGGCUUGGACAGGAGAAGGAGUCGGUGUUUCUGUUAGAUGACAAACGGAUCAGUGAGAUCAACAUGGUGUCUGGUCGCACCAAGAAGAAGACUCCUAAACUCCAUCCUUUGCUCAACAGUGUUGUGACAAUGGCUUCAUCGCACAAUGGUAUGUGGCUUUGUGGACUUUUGGUAUCAGGAGAGCUGUUUCUGUGGAACAGGGAUAAAGAAAUGCUUAAGACUGCUGCGUCUAUCCCAGAAGUAGCUCAGAUCAUUGCAUCUGUUCAAGGGUCUUCGAGGUGGUUGUCUCUCCAGGUGUCAUUGGACGGGAUGCGUGUACUCCUGGUAGCCAUAACUGGGCAAGUGUUCCUGUGGGAGUGUAUGGACGUGAGGGAUUUGACAGGACUGCGAGAUGGCCCAGUCAACGGACGCUGGGCUCACGUACAGCCCCUGGAAGACACCAUUUUACCAUCUUCACGAGACAAAGAAGCAUCCCAACACACCAUCUUUGUUAAGACGGAGGUUAUGGGUGAUGCCUGCUUAUUGGCCUUCGUUUUCACAUCUGGAAAGAAACUUAUAGUCACCUGCAUUAAAAUUCUGUGGAACGAAAGCUAUUUGAGAGUGGGUUCUGUGGGAUACAGCGUGCAGUGGAGCACCAAGAUGUACCCAAUGUCUCAUCUCACCCCACCAUGCCAACCAGUGAAGUCUAGAGGGGCCCUGGUGCCUGCCUUCUCCCCAGAUGGUCAACUGUUAGCCAUCGUCCUGAACCAGAGAAAUCCCAGGGCUACACAAGUCCUCUUUGUGAGCACCCAGAAUUUUGUCACAACAUCAAGUGGCCUUGGAGGUUGUGGAAGUAAGAAAAUGGACAUCCCCUCUAAAUAUAUAAGGUCGUACUGGGUGGGCAGUGUCAGCUGGUCACCCGGAGGCCUUUUUCUGGCCUGUGUUCUGAAGAGAGGUUCCCUACUUAUGUUGGCUCGUCUUGGGGGGCUUCUCACUCUAACAAGCUCUGGUUGCAGUGUUGACUUUGGACCCGCACACUUCCUACCUCUUCACCCUCUGGUUACUUACAGGCCACCAGUGUCUGCAGUGCAAGGGGAAGCCCACCUGUCAAGCUCGAGCAUGUCUGUGCGGGAUGUCCUGAGGCAGCGGUAUUCUGUCACCUGGCAUCCCCGGCUGCUGUAUCUCAUUGUGUCUGACGGCUACAUGGCCACAGUUAUGAGAGUGCUGGACAGGCCUUCUCCUGCCUUGUAUUUGAAAACGCUUCUAAAGAACACGAGCAAAGACCUCGAGAAAGCCAGCCGGAUGCUGGAUAAGUCACAGACUCAUGUGAAGUCUUGGCUGGAGUCAGUGUCUUGCCUGAAUCUGGACACCAGCCUAGAAGAAUCCAACUCAGCUUCUGCAUAUCGACCUAACACCACAGACUCCAUCCUUUCAGCUGCUACAGAGGGAACCACUGUGCCACUUUUCCUGCAGGACCAGCAAACACUGGGUGGCACUAAGGAGCUCCUUGAAAAUGUACAGGCUUUCUUUGAAGAUGAUUCCGAUUUGGACGGACCUCCUACUGGUUCUCAUGUGGAGGACGGCGGCCGUUUGGAGUUUGCCUCAAUGUUUGACACUGUUCAUGCCCUGGACACGCACACUGAUGCUACACCAAUUACAUCCUCAGCCUGGGAAAAAGAUUUUCCCGAGACGGAGAGGAAGACUCCUCUUCACCGUGAACUCGCGAAGAUCCAGAGUAACCUGCUGACAGCCUGGGCUUUUGGGAUGUCUCUUGGAAAAGCCGUGGAGCACAGAACUCGUCUGCUGAGGCAUACGCUCCGCUGCGUGGUGCGAUUUGCUGCUUUGCUCCAUUUGAUCUCCAGCUCUAAGGAAAAGAAUGUCUCGGCUUCUUCUCGCGUCAUUCAUCUCGUCGAAGUACUUCUGUCUUUCCUUCCCUGGGAUGGCACUCACUCAGAUGGGCCCCACUGCUUGGGGUUGUUGGUUGAGUUCAGCGAACGGAUCAUAUGCCUCCUGCUGACCCGUCAUCCUUUCUCCUGCGAGACCAGUCACAAUCAUUUAUCAUCGCAAAGUCUGUCCAGAGUGAUUUUUGUCUUGCAGCUGGUCUCGGAUUCUCUUGACCACACUUACAGCUUGCAACAAAGAACUCUCUGGUCCUCUGCUGCGAAGGACAGUAUCUCCCAGCCAGCUCAGCUCUGGUCUUCGGAUGUAUACCACAUACCUCUGCUACAGGCUGAGAAGGAGCUGAAAUCCAGUUCUGCAUGUCAGGCUCAACCUUUCCCCCAGCGACCAUCCAGCAGAUUGUUGCGAGUGUGGCAGCUGGUGUACGACGUCACCCAACAGUAUAUGGAACGACUAAAUGACUUUAAAGACUAUGAUGGCUGGGAAGAGGAAGAGCAACAGCUAUCUGUCAUCAUGUCCCAGAUCCAGACAGCUCUGCAGGCUACAGGAGAAAGGCUUGAGGAGGGUCCUGCACUGCUGAGCUACCCAGGUGAACAUCUUUUCCUGUGUGGCUCAUACCCAAAAAGCGUAGAUACGUGGCGUUCACAAAUUUGUCAAGAGGUUAAAAAAAGUUGUGAUCGUAGUGUCUUCCAGGAGACUCGACUCUGUCUGGCGCUCCUAUACAGUCUGUUAUCACAGUAUCAUCUGAGACGAGCGCAGGAGUUGGGGGACCACAUGGCACAGCUGAUACUGAACAGGGACGGACAGAAGGAAAAUAUCACCGAAGAUGCUCUUCCUUGCCCGUGGCUGCCAGUGGACCUUCACACCGAUGCAGCCUGUGCAGUUGUUCAGACAUUGGGGAGAUUCAUGGCCUCUUAUUUCACCAACCAACCCCUCUACAUCCUCCCUCCUCAUAAUGUAGCCGUCCUGCCUCCACUACAUCUACCUCAUGCCUCCAGAGUUGGGCGUCUGGUCCCACUGUGUCAGGAGGAAGUGGCUAAAGCAGUUCGACAGCAGCACCUGUCAGAGGUUUGGACAGUGGAAUAUGCCAAAGACCUGCUCCUGAUAGGGGGUCUGCUUCCAGAGACUGUGUGGCUGGCUUAUCAUUUGGGAGACUGGAAGACAGCCGUGUCUCUGAGCCUGGCCUACACAAAUUACUGCACUGACCACUGCGACUUCACCCGGCUCAGGAGGAGAGAGCUUCACCUGCCGACAAAUUUAGAACCGGAAAGCAUUUUUCAGGCCGAGUUGGUGAGCCUUCUUGGUAAUGAGGUGGACUCUCAAGGGUGCAGAAAUGAAGACAGUGACAAGAGCUUUACAGAUCCUUUGGAGGGAGAAGACCGGGACCACUUACAAGUUUCCAUACAGGACAUUCUGAAGGCUUCAGUCAUUGCAGGAGUGAAUGUGAUGUCUUCACCCUUGUCUUCCUUGAUGGAUACAGCUAAAGAACUCUGUUCCUCCCUUCCCGCCUUAGUGCCCACUGCACUGUACCUGCCUUCUCCGCCUCUCUAUUGCCCACAGCCUUCUCCCAACACACAGGACCAGAUAGGAACAGCAGGGCAGUACGCAGAAGUAGCAUGUCGACAUAAAGUGUCUGGGGUUCUUCAGAGAUUGUUGUUACUUCUGAGAUCUGGUCGUUGUUGCCAUCCUGCUGCCCAGUGGUACAUCAGCCGUCUGCGCCGAGCCAGACACAUACUGUACAAGAUCAAGAAGAAGUAUUCCUACCCAUCAGCUCCUCAGGAGGAGAAGGCUUUCCCAGAAGGCCUGAUGAAGUUUAUCGGCCGUAGUGGAUUCUUCAGACGGCGGCCUAAUAAAGACAGUCACCUGGACCCUGACACUAUUCAGACUAUAAUCUGCUUCAGGGAGCUGUGUGCUCUGUGUUGGAUGCUUCACGUCAGAGACCAGCUCUCCAUUUACUGCAGGAAGUAUCAGGCUGCAAGACAGCGUGGUAGAGACGAACAGAACUCUGGUGAUGCAGACGUGAAUGCUGCUUGCACUGAUGCUCUCCACUGGGCCCGUCGUUUCCUGCCCUUCUCUCACUUCCUCAAUGCUGAAGAAAUCCUCCAGGAUAUACUGCUCAGCCUGGUUUCUGAACUCCCCCCUGUGUCUCUGGUGGCAGACACACUAGCGCGAGCCUUCCCAGAAGAGGAAGAGUCUGUCAGAGUCCCUUUGAGAGAAAAGUACAACUCCCUGCUGCAGAGACUCAGGCAAUGCAAUGUCGUUGAUGGGGAGAAAGAAGAGGUGAACGAGCUGAUGAUGAUUCUUAUCCGAGACAAAUUCAGGCAACGGCGGAAACAUCUGGCACGUUUGCAGAGGCACUUGGCCUCUCCUGUGCUCCAUCUGUGGGAGAAAGAAGAGGAGGAGGAGGACAGGGGAAGCAAACAUGGGAUGGAUGUGUUAAAGCAGCUGUCGCUGGGCACAAGUAUGAGCACCAGCACCUUAACUGACUUUGGGUUCCCCCCGGUGUGCAGUGAUGGAGACACAGCGGAAAACACAUCUGAGGCUAUCACUCCCGAACAGCAUUGCAAGGCCACAACCAGGGACAAGGGAGCAAAAAGAGUAAGAGAAAAAGGACGUGCAAAGAAGACUGCUGUCAAGAUUGAAAGUGUCAUUCAAGAGGAGGAUCACCGUGGCGAUGAGCAGUCCCCCCUGCCUGUGGUUGGCGCCUGGGAGUUUGAGCUGGAAGAUGAGGAGUAUCUAAAUUUCCUGGAGCUCUUUCUCAGCUACGUGUUAGAGAAGGACAGUACUGAUGGAGGGGACUCCAGCAGCGAAGUUCCUUUGCUGAAGGAUUUCUGCUCUGAGCUGAGGGAGAGAGAGCUGCAUUCUCUUACCUUCGAUGUGCUCACCACCAUACAUCGCCGCCAAAGAGACGGGCACCAUCCAGCGAGAAAGCACUUGGGCAAUGACCCUCCAGUUUUCAGAGCAGGCUCCUGUUACAAACCUGUGAACGGAGGUGCAGCAAAUGAGGUGCAAAGUGACGAUCCCGUAUCCAGGACUAGCCUUUUUGCCAGUUCACAUCCUGGAUACAGAUCUGGGAAGCAAAAAGGGUUGUUUGGCCUCCGACAGCAAAGCAGCGUGCCUUUAGACCAAAGAGCUCCUGAAACUAACCUUAUUCAAAGUGCCUUUGCCAAGCCAUCAGAGAGCGUCGUGUUCGGCUCAUCAGUGUCUGCGGAAGCUGUGAUUGACUUGCAACAAGGCUUGGAUCCUAAACUGGAGGCCGAGUUUCCCAAACUGGGCAGGAUGCUGGAGUGGAUGGUGCGAUGGGCUGAUAGAAGGGUGCUAUUGGGGCAUCAUGGUAAAAAGAAGAAAGAUAAAGGAGUUGGGGCGACAGCUGACGAAGGAGUGGUGAUUCGCGUCAAAGCCUCAGCGCCCGCCGUCCUCACUUCCCUCAGUUUGCUUGAGCGCAGGUACACAUCUUUACUCGGGACGGACCGCUACACCGCUCACAUCCAAAUUCCAGAAAUCCAGUGGACUGUAGCCCCUGUUGUAGCCCCCGUUGUAGCCCCUGUGCUGCAACCCGUUGUAGCCCCCGUUGUAGCCCCUGUGCUGCAACCUGUUGUAUCCCCUGUGCUGCAACCUGAGGCGGAUAAGAGGGUGGACAGAGAGAGCAGUGUUGAUACAGGCUACCCUGGAUCAGCCAACACUCCCAUCGCUGGCCUCGAUUACAAUAUACACCAAGAAGAACUGUCCAUCCGCUCUCAUACAGAUGAACCGGAGGAGCUGACGCUUCACGGGACACCUCCCUCUACUGACCAGCACCUCCUGAGCUUUGACGCUCAGCAGAACCAGUCCGUUUCUCCACAGCCAAUACUCGACCACUUAGACGUUGCACCUGAAAAAGAAGACACGCAAAGUGACCGUGAGGCGUCGGAAGCGUCAUCGUCUGGUUCAAGUGGAAACAUCAGCACGCCUGAAAUGAGUUUAAAGCUGGCAGACCUGGACUGCUCAGAUAAAGCUGAAGAUGUGCCCAGCUCGUCCUCUCUCCACCAUAGUCCUACACAACCAGAACCCCUCGCUGCUCCCGCUGCCCAGCCUGAAGGAACAGCUCAUGCAGAACUUUCUGACUCAGCUAGCCCGUUGCUCCCCAACACAGCUGUAAGAUCUGAAAGCCUUCAGCCUCAAAGCUCCACAGCUGGUGCACCUGCUGGAGAUUCUACAGCUCCCAGUCAGCCAUCAACAUUAGAGCCCCAACCAAUAAGGCAGCGUCUAGGUGAAGACUUAUUCAGACUGGUUCAGAAUAUCAACUAUGUGAGUCUGAUGGAGGUUUUGGGAGCCUCAUUCUCCAGCCUGCAACUUGCCCAGCAGAACGCCUCUGCUUUGGCACAGUCUGACAUGAACUCCUUACAAGCUAAUGCGCCACCAUCUUUUACGGCCCAAUCCGUCCCUCAAUCAAAUGCCAUACCCGUUCAAACCACUAUCUCUGCAGCACCUCAAACUCAGGGAUGUGUGCCAAAUUCCAGAUUCAACAGCCCCCUGCACAAUCCCAUGGCCUCAUGCGUGUUUGCAGACCGGCCUGUCAUGCAGAGCACGGCGAGAACCUCGUCAGCAGCCGACCAGUAUCACACCAACAGGAGUCUCCCCCCGUAUGCCAAUGGUGCACGUAUAAAUUAUCAGGAAAUACAGCCACUCGCUGUCCAGGCGGAUUCACCAGACAUGCAUCUGAGGGAGGGCAGGAGAUUAAUCCCAUCCUCUCAGGGACUCCUGGCCACCACUGAUACCAACCAUGCUAUUCCCGGUGCUCCUGUGUUAGUGCCUUCUAAUACUAGCGUACAAAAUGACUCCACUCCCCAGGUCACGGGACUGAAGUUACUUCAGCUUCACCAGCCUUCGUUGCCACCACAGAACAUCCAGCACUAUCCACCAGCACAACGGUCCCAAACACCACACGCUACCAACCCCGUAACUCUGGAGUCUUGUCAGUACAGAUCGUCAUGUGGGGAAAAAAUAAACGGGUCUUCAAUUCCUAAAAGACAACUCAGUUUUAAUCCUCCAAAAGAUUCAUUUUCCAGGAACUCCCAGCCCCUGAUUUGGCCAUCAGAGCAAUCCAGAGGUCAAGAGUUCUCGCUACUUCCUCCUGUUUUGCCAGCUCACACCCCGGCACCAAUGCCAGGCCUUCGCUUGUUGCACUUUCAGCCUGUUCCACAAAGCACCAUCGCCUUCCCCAAACUACCUCUACAAUCUUCCUCCAGAUCGCCUACUGUCAUUUUAGUUCCAAUGAGAGAAACGCCCGUGAUCAGGCUUCUACAUAUCGAGUCAGAACCAAAAAAGGUGAUGCCCCUGGCGUCUCCUUCGGCCCCAAAGGCUCGUCUCUUCUCCAUGGAAGAGUUGACGAGUUCAGUGAUGGGGCAGCAAAACGCUGAAGAGGCUCAGCUGCGGUUACUUAGAGUGAACCCAUCCGAUGACAGCACGGGAAAGGCUGCCACUUCUUCCAUGGCUAACUCCAACACAAGGCAGAAGAGGAGAAAAGAGAAGGCGAGAAAAGCGGAGGUCACGUUCAGACCAAACCAGUCUAUCAUCUCUACACAAGAGCCAGCAGACGUGCCUGCAAGUGAAGAUCCCGUGGUUGUUGAGGAGAUCACACGUGGACGUGAUAUUACAGUCCCACGAUCCUUUGACUCUUUGCUGACUGGCCAGAGGUUGUUGGACGAGGUCGCAUCCACUUCAGCUGAGCUCCACGCCUUUGCUGCCACAUCUAAACGGCCCCCUGAGCGCCACGACGCUUCCACCAACACAGACCCCACUUCUUCUCCUGUGCCUGUGAAUAAAUCUGUUUCCGUCCAGGCGUCCACGACGGCCAGUAGCCCUAAAUACGGUGUUCAAGACACGGAGCAGACACCAAGGGAACCAGAAAAGAUUUUGUAUCCGGGCGGUCGCCGGUUCAUAAGUGUCUUAGAUCUAGAAGGCACGGUGCAGCCCAGUCCAGGAGCCCGGGAUGUUCCUCCUCUCGUACGCCCUUCUUCACCUACAUCUGCUGAGCUUCACGUUAUGGCAACAUCUGUUAUCAGGGGUGCUGCUGCUGCUGCUCCUGAUGAUCCACGCCCCUCAGUCACAGUUCCAGUGUAUCCCCCGAAACCCACCACUCACACAGAUAUCUCUGAGGAAUCUCCUUCAUCCAGCCACAUUGGGCCCAGUAGGGUUUCAGAGAGAAUCAGCCCACACGAUAGUAUGGUAGUCGACCCAUCCGACUCUGAGAUCUGCAAGGCCAUCAGGAGCCAGAGCGCUGCACCUCACAGAGCCCGAUCCCCACCUCCUACAGCCUGGUUCUCUUCUCACCUGUCAGAGCUGGAUUCCCAGUUGGCUGCUCUACAGAACAUUGCAGAUCACCUGGAGAAGGACUUCUCAAACUCUAGGAUGCUGGUGAACACUAUUGAAAAGUUUGCCACAGGUGUGGCUCCUGAUGCGUUAACUACUGCAGCAGUAAAGAAAACUGUCAGACUCGCUGUCCCACAAAAAGCAUGGGCACCAAGACCCGAUCCCGAUCUUUUCACUGCACGUGAUGUCUAUGAAGAAGAAAAUCAUGAAGAAGAAUAUCUGCUUCAUAACAACUCCUACAAUUCAGGGAGAAAGACACCUUCUCGUUAUGCUACUUCACCUUACAGUCACAGAGCUGCUCCUUCCUACCUUCACACCCCACCAGGAAUAAAAGAUCAGUUCACAGGAGCACAUGACAUAUCUCACGUAUGGUCAGAUGAGAAUCUGGGUCAAACUGGGCUAUCCGAUACGGCAGAAAUCCUAGACGAGUUGAUAAAGGAGGGCUAUUUAUCUCCAUCCGACUUGGACGAUUCCACUUCUCUGACUGCACACCAUAGCAGCAGGCCAGAGCCUCCGCAAAGUGGCUGGAUGUCCCAGAAACGUGUCCUUCCUGAGGACGAGAGGAGGGAGCUGAGGAUCUGGAUGAGGAGGAAACAGAGGGAGAGACUGGCCGCUUAUCAAAAACAGAGAGAAAGCCUGAGAGAGAAGGAGCGCAAACCUUUCCCCACCUCUCGAACUGCAAAAUCAACAAACAGAAGUGGAGCGCCCCUUUCGAGAACCAAGGACGCAAAUGAAAAGACCACACUUCUGGAGCAAUACAACCAGAGGACCCGUGAGGCUUACUCUCUGGCCACUGACUUUCUCACCUCUCGUGCAACUGCUUCUCAGACUGAAGGUCUUCCAUUGUCCAUGGCCGCACGGCCUUUCUCCGCUCCACCCGCUGGCAGCACUCACAGAGCAAACAGUGUUUCAGACAGUGACAAAAGAAGUCUGAAGCCCCAGUCAGGACAAACUCCAGUCCACCUUCGUCCACAGUCCGUGGGAGUGCAGGGAUGGCCUUCAGAAGAUCAACGCCGGAGACUGGGACUACAUAGACCAGUGACCUUUUUGCCAAAGGACCGCCUGUCUCAGGUGACCAGACGUGGCAUGCUCACCUACACUAAGAACCACAAUAAACCACACACAGCCGUCCAGAGGGAGGAACAGCAUGUUGGAUAUCAGAGAAGUAUGGGACAGAACCAGAGUUUCUCAGGAAGGACUGCUGCAGGAAAGGGUAUCCUGAGGGAGCCUUCAAAGGUGGAAGAUAGAGAAGAAGCAGAGCGUUCAGACUCUGAUAGGCUGCAGGGCCUAGAAGAGUCUGAGUCUAACAGGGUUUUGGCGGAGCUUUUGGAUGAGCACGACGAUGGUGCUGCGGCUGGUUUUUCAGGGAUGGAGUGGUUGGAAAAUCUCUCUGGCAGCGAAGGCAGCAGCCUCAGCAAAAUAGACUGGGCUGCUAUUGAGAGAAUGGUGGCUGAAGAAGACGUCUGAGCAUGAAUGACUCAAGGAAAGAAAGAACAGUGCCAUGUCGACACUUAAAACAAAUGGUAUAUUGUUUGAAAUCAAAUAUAUCAAAAACUGUGCCUAUUAGAUGUACUGUAUAUCACAUAUACUAAACUCUGAUAAUAGAAAUUAUAAAAUUUAUAGAGUCAGCUAUUCUGCAGUGAUAUUAAAUAUCAUACAAAUAUAUUUAUUGUUGUGAAGUCUUUGUCGUGAUAAUGUAGGUUUGUGCCACUUGUGUGUAAAGUUUUCCACAUUUAUACUUAUUAUAUUACUGUAUAUUUUUGUACUUUGUUGAUUUACCGAACAGCUAAAUAUCUCAGCGAUAUUUCCCUCACUUUUUCCUCUCAUUGUUUGUAUUUACAAUCCAGGUGGUAGCUCUCUUGAAGUUUUCACUACACAUCACACAUUCAUGUACUGAUUUCAUUUUGGCAGGAUACUUUGAGCUUUUUCAGAUGCCUUUGUACUUUUGUACGAUUGUCUUUUUCCACCACUGUUACACCCAGAGUUUUUUUCAUUUAGAUAAAGUUAUUGAACUGUUUACUUUUAGCACUUUUAACGUUUACCUUGGUAUGAACCAACAAGUUCACACUGUACUUGCUGUUGAAAUAAAUAAUAAAGUAUCUCUUGUGUUUAUGGUA